GUUCACUCGCAGACGUCGAACGCAACGCACGGAACGUUUCCUCACGCUUCGCAUCGCAGCGCAUCGCAUAUAGUGUUUACGCAAAGGUGGUUCAGCGAAGAUUGGAAACGAUUUUGGGUUCGAUUCUCGCAUCAGGCGACGAGCCUCCCGUUUUUUUGGCGGUUUAGUAUAGUUGGAUAUUAUACAGGGGAUGAAGUGGAAGAACAAUCUAGGUCGAUGCAUUUGGUGGUGCAUUCAGUGUUGCACAUCGACUUAACUAGUGAGAAGUGACUCCGUUGAACGUGGAAGUUUCUAUUACGGAGUGUGAGAGAGUGCAGAUUGCAUGCUCAGUGGUUGUUUGAAUUGUGAUAUCGGAAUUAGUUUCCCAGUUGGUGAACGCCCAGGAAGGAUUUCGGAAAGCGAUAGUGCAGGCGAAGGCAGAGAUUGUCAGCUCUCCGGAGCAAUAGGCGUAGAAGUGGAUGAUUGCACAAUCAAUAUUGGAAGAGCAAAUUGUGGCGAAAACAAUAUUUGCAUAAUCUCUAAAAGGUGAAGAAAACAAAAUUAUAAAUUAAUGUCUGGUUAAUGGGCGAAGCGUCCAAUUGUAAGUACGAGUUGCUCGUUGCAUACCAGCCGUACAAAACGACAACGACGACCAGGAAAGGAAGCUGGUCGGUAGCUGAGCGUUGUAAAUGUUAAUUACAAAUAUCUGCGGCCUCUAGGCAACUGUGUUGGCCUCUGUGUUGCCUCCGUUGAAUGUGUUUCUGAGCAAAUAUGUGGUCUCUGGUUCGGUAAAUACUGCGUAUUGAAACAAAACGGUUGCCCUCUGCGCGGUGCAGUUCCGUUUGGUGCCGUGGCAUUAACAGAGAUCGAUAACAGCUUUGUUGCAGCUCCUUAAAAGGGUGGUGGCUUGCAAACAGCAUCCUCAAACAAGGACGCACGUGGGGUGGGGUAAACCUUGAAGACACGACGCUGAUUAUCAUAUAUCCAGAGGUGGUGAAGAAAUAGCAUUCGUCAAACGAGGUUGAGAGUUUACUGUCGCCGCUCAGGAAGAAAUCUCAAGUGGGAAGAAUAAGAAGAAACAAGAAGACUAAACAAUCGAAGGAAGAAAAGGCGCGAGAAACAUUCACAUUGUGAUCUGUGUGAGGUAUGACUUCGUCUAUCUUCCUCACAAUGGCCGGCUGGACUAGUGACAAGUUUCGACUGAGCUGCCUGGAGAACCAGGGUUUGAAGCGGACCUUGCUCAAAAUGCUCAUACUGGACAACGGAAAUAGCAAGAAUGGCAACAUCGAAGCCGAUAGAACAGCCACCGAGUAUCUGGUCGAGCAAGGAGCGCCCAACAACAAGUCGCUGCUGAGCUUUUUUGCAAUCAAUGCGCUUGAGCUGAGUGCCCCCGCUAGUCCCGUCCUCCUGGAGCACAACGCCCCUGCGAUCCCGUCCGGCUGGCUCCAGCUCUCGGGUCACCCCAAAAGCAUCGCCCCCGCAGCCAACGGAAGCGUUCGUAAGCGCAUAUCCGGCCCCAGCGAUGCCGAAGUGGUCGCCUAUCGUCAGCUAUCGGUCGAUUCCAACGCCUGCAAAGUCGUACCGAAGUUCCUCGGCGUGCACCGACUGGAUGGUGAAUACUUCAUCGAACUGCAGGACCUGCUCCACGGCUUUCAUGAUCCCCACGUGAUGGACAUCAAGAUCGGCUUCCGAACGUUCUCGGAAAACGAAGUGUCCAACACGACUCUGCGCGAGGAUCUCUACAAGAAGAUGAUCGCCAUCGAUCCGGCAGCUCCCACGGCCGAAGAACACCAGCAGAAAGCCAUCACCAAGCUACGGUACAUGCUGUUCCGGGAGAACAUGUCCUCGUCGCACGAGAAAGGCUUCCGGAUAGAGGCCCUCAAGAUGCGUGGUUCUUCGCCGGUCACCGACAUGAAAACGGUGAAAACCAGCCAGGAAAUCCAAGGGACCAUAUCGAACUUCGUGAACGGGCGCAAAAGCGUCGUCAAAGAUAUGACCAAAAGACUGAAACAAAUGCGAACGCUGAUCGAAAAGUCCGAGUUCUUCCAGCGCCAUCAGGUGGUCGGUAGUAGCAUCUUCAUCGUGUACGACGAUCACAAAGUAGGCGUGUGGUUGAUCGAUUUUGCCAAAGCUCUGCCGCUGCCCGAAGGCGUUAAGGUCGAUCACCGAAAACGAUGGACCUUGGGAAACUGCGAGGAAGGCCUGCUGUUUGGGGUCGACGAGCUGAUUCGAACGCUGGAAGAUGUGCAUAGAGGUUUGCAGCAGUCUUCGCAUGAUUCCAAAAAGUACGGGCGCCGAUAGAGGACACUGCUGUCAUCUUGUGGGAUGGGACAAACACGUGAACCCGAGAGCUAGUCAUAUGAAUGCUAUUUGAAGAAAACUACAAGCGAAAAGUAAAUCAAGACUGAAUUUAGUGGCCCUUGUUGCCUGUAAUAUUUUUUUUUCUAGAUGCUAAUGCCAGUUAAUUAAAUUCAUAUUAAUAAGAUAGGCUAUAACAGGAAAACAUUUGAGUCAGCGUUCAAAAUGCCGUUAUGGUUCAAUACUUAAUCAAAGACUUGCAUGGAAAAGACAUGUUCUACUUAAAGCAAAGACAAUACUUAAACGCCAUUUUCUCCAGACCAAUUUUCCACAUUGGAAAAGGAAAAAAAACACACAUAUUUGCCUUAAAGCUUGUCAAUGUAAAUUAUAUUCUCCAGUUUAGCUUAAGCCCUAAGUGCCCAAAGUACAUGGAUUAUCGAAACUCCUCAAACUGUCAUUGAACUCAGAUGUGUCUAUCAUACGAAGUACAAAAGAGCGAGAGGAUUGUCAAUAAUUCUUUGUACUAGUUGAAUGAAUCGCAAGCAAAGAAAGCAAAUUUCAACGGUUUAGAUAGGUAAAAUCAACACUAUUUAUAAGAAUAAAUCAACAAACAAAUGUUGUGAUCAAUAAAUACGAAAAUUAAUGAAA